UAAUGAGGUUGUAGCAGUUCGUGCAACCAGACCCCAGUCCGCUAGGCGGCGGCAUUAUAUCCUAAAACUAGAGGCAGGUUAACCGGAAGAGAAGGUCAGUCGUCGGAGAAGAAACGCUAGUCGAGCGUUUGAUGAACGAUUCUCACUAAAACAUGGCGGGCAAGUCAGGGGAGGAGCGGCUGAAGGAGAUGGAGGCUGAGAUGGCUCUUUUUGAGCAGGAGGUUCUUGGUGGAUCAGUAUCAGGAAGUCCUCCUCUCAUUGAGCCCAUCCCUCUAGCCUUGGCUGUCCCAACAGUGCCAAUGGUGCGACCCAUCAUAGGGACCAACACUUACAGACAGGUCCAGCAGACGCUAGAGGCCAGAGCAGCUAGUUUUGGUCCUCCUCCAGCGUUUGUGGGUCCAGUUCCUCCAGUUCGUCCUCCUCCACCUCCCAUCAUGAGACCAGCCUUUGUCCCACAUAUUCUACAGAGACCAGGUGGUCAGAGGCUGCCAGUGAUGCGAGGUCCUCCAGUAGCCCCACCUCUGCCACGCCCUCCUCCACCUCCACCCAUGAUGGUUCCUCCAUCUCUGCCACAGGGGGGCGCUGCACCCAUUCAGCACCUGUCAGCUGCUCCCCGGGUUGGUGAGAUGGUGGCUGCCCCCAUGGUUCCCACUCCUCCAAGACCAGUCAACCCAUCGCUGGUCAAACCAACACCGUCCAUCAUCCAGGCGGCGCCCACCGUCUACACGGCCCCUCCAGCCGCGGUGGUCCAGAGGAAGGCUGAGGUCCAGGCCCAGAGACAAGCCAGGAUGGAGGAACUGGCAGCACGAGUGGCAAAGCAGCAGGCGGCUGUCAUGGCGGCGGGUCUGCUGGACAGGAAGGACAGCGAUGAGAGCAGCUCUGUUAUUGGCCCCAGCAUGCCGGAGCCUGAGGUCCCUCACAUCGAGGUGAUGCCUGUGGAAAGUGUUACUGAGGACAAAAAGAAAGGGAAAAACGAAAAGGUGAAGAAGUGUAUCCGUAUAGCUGCAGGAUCAACCUGGGAGGACCCCAGUCUGUUGGAGUGGGAGUCAGAUGAUUUUCGUAUAUUCUGUGGAGAUCUGGGUAACGAGGUCAACGAUGACAUCCUGGCCAGAGCCUUCAGCAGAUACCCUUCCUUCCUCAAAGCUAAAGUGGUCCGUGAUAAACGGACUGGGAAAACAAAAGGCUACGGCUUCGUCAGCUUCAAAGACCCGAAUGACUACGUGAGAGCCAUGAGAGAAAUGAACGGAAAGUAUGUUGGGAGUCGUCCUAUCAAGUUAAGAAAAAGUAUGUGGAAAGAUCGCAACAUCGAGGUGGUCCGCAAGAAACAGAAAGAGAAGAAGAAGCUUGGCCUCAGAUAGUGUUUGAUGCUCCUGGAGGGGCUGUGUGUUUGUUCUUGGCAGAUUUUCUGUCAAAUGCCGGACCUGUUGUACACUCAUACUUAAUACAUCCCAAUGUCCCCUCAGAGCUCCUGGUGUCUACAGGUUAGGGUGAGUGGAAACCUAUUAGAUUGUUCUCAUAAGGAUAGCAACACAUGCAAGAGAGGAGACCUUGGAUUCUUUGUGGCAAUACUAUAGGAUGUGAUGGUUAAGAUCUCAAAUAAAACUUGUAUCAAAGCUAAA